AUGUUGUUUCCCACCUACCGCCAGCAAGGUGCUUUUAUCACUCGUGGUGCCGACAUGUUUAGCGAAAUGAUGAGCCAAGUAAUGAACAACGAGCUCGAUCCCAUACAGGGCAAACAGCUACCCAUAAAAUAUUCGUCCGCAGAGAAAAAGUUUUUCUCCAUUUCAGGCUCUUUAACAACCCACUAUCCGCAAGCGGUCGGUUGGGCAAUGGCUUCUGCUUAUAAAGGCGAAGACAAUAUUGCACUGGCAUGGACCGGAGAUGGUUCUACUGCUGAGGGUGAUUUCCAUCAUGCUCUACAGUUUGCCGCAACCUAUCGCGCUCCCUGUGUACUGGUGGUGGUAAACAAUCAAUGGGCAAUCUCAUCGCCACAGACUAUAGCUGGUGGUGAAAACACAACCUUUGCGGCCCGGGGAAUUGGUUUUGGCCUGCCUGCCUUGCGAGUAGAUGGCAACGAUUUUCUGGCUGUGUAUGCGGCCACACAAUGGGCGGCGGAAAGAGCUCGCUCAGGUUUGGGGACAACCCUAAUAGAGUUAUAUACCUACCGCGCAGAAGGGCAUUCCACCAGUGAUGACCCCACAGGGUAUCGGCCUAAAGACGAAGCCAGUUACUGGCCAUUGGGUGAUCCUAUCGAGCGUUUGAAGAACCACUUAAUACAAAUUGGCGAGUGGAGUCAGGAAAAACACGAUGAACUGGCAAAAGAGUUGGAAGAUUUUGUCACAGAUUGCUGGCGGCGCACCGAUGCCAUGGGUGGCAUUAACGAUCCGGAACACGCCCAUACUCACAGCGCCGCCCUGUUUGAAAAAGUGUACAAAGAAAUGCCGCCGCACCUUCGCAAACAACGUCAGCAAUUGGGUCGAUAG